AUGCACAUGUCCAAAAACAAGGUCCCAAAACUGCCAAUCAACCAGGAGAGGUUAACGAGAACAUACCCCAAGCAUGUGUCUUCAAUGACGAAACCCUCGAUCCGAAUCCCUUUGACUGGGCCGCUGCCUUCGCCGAUCAUUGUUCCCCCGUCCGCGCGCACGCUUGCUGGGGCCAUCGAUGCUCUCGGAUCUUUCCUGACGGCCUCUCCGUCUCCGUAUCUGCGUGGGGUCGAUGUCGGGCGUUACUCUCAGACGGUCCUUUUGACCGGCGCUGGCAUCUCCGUCGCAUCAGGUCUGUCGGACUAUCGAGGGGAGAACGGCACGUAUGUCACCAACAAGCAUUAUCGGCCGAUCUACUUCCAUGAGUUUGUGCGACAGCAUGAGUCCCGCAAGCGGUAUUGGGCUCGGAGCUUUGUCGGAUGGCCGGGUCUGCAGAAAGCCAAGCCCAACACAACCCACGAGGCCAUCCGGGACAUCGGCGCCAAGGGCUACAUCAGCUCCGUGGUGACCCAGAAUGUCGACUCGUUUCAUUCCAUCGCACAUCCCACGCUGCCCACCUUGGAGCUUCAUGGCUACUUGAGGUCUGUCGUGUGCACGAGCUGCCGCAAUCAGUUUUCUCGGGAGGAAUUCCAGAAGUCGCUGGAGAAGCUCAACCCCGCCUGGGCCGAGUUUCUGGAGAAGGUGGUCACGAGCGGGGCACUCGACACAGACAACCCUGUUGAGCAACGACGGAAGGGUCUCAAGCUGAAUCCGGACGGUGAUGUGGAUCUGGCCGAGGCUCCAUAUUCUACUUUUCGAUACCCACCAUGUCCUACGUGUGUGGAGAAGCCUCCUCGUCUUGAAGAUGGCACACGGACCAACGUUGACGUUGAAAACGAUGGAGCUUGGCUGCCGACGUCUACUGCUGGGGUGUUGAAACCGGCCGUCAUCAUGUUUGGAGAGAACAUCGACCCGGCAGUCAAGGUCGCCGCAGAGGAGGCCAUCGAUGAUGCUGGAAGACUCUUGGUGCUUGGCAGUAGUCUUGCCACCUAUUCGGCCUGGCGUCUAGUGGACAGGGCCCAGAAACGCGGUAUGCCCGUCGGUAUCAUCAAUCUGGGCGGUGUCCGAAAUGAGUCGGUCCUCUUUGGUGAAUUGGCACAAGGGAAAGGAGAUCCGAUCGGAUCCCAGCACAUACGUUGCAGCCUCCCCUCCGAGUCGAUUCUCCCAGCGGUUGCGUCACAGUUGCCCGAUCUCCAUCACAGGAUGUAUUAA